AUGCCCAUUUUCGAGUUGGGCCAGUCCAUACCUCCCGACACUGCUCACGCAGUGAGUGUUCACCUACCAACAUGGAAGUCCAACGUUGGCUAUGAAGAGGGCCAGUCAUGGGUUGUGGACAAGAUGACGACUGGCUAUCCCCGAUUCUUUAUCCAUAAAAGCAUAGCUGCGCUGGCCGAGGAUCUGGCCGCCCAAUACGCGCGUCCCGGCCAGCAGGCCAUGCUCUUUCCCACUCCCCGCAUCGCUAGACGUUGCCUGGCCUUUAUCAAGAAGACUGCUGACCCGUCCGCUUCUUCCGACGCCGCCGUCAUUGACUUUGGGUUGGACACUUCCAAAGACGUUUCGCACCUCCUCCGCUCCUUGUCGCCCACCGUGUCUGCAGUUGUGUACUCCAAGGAGGCCUUCCCUCUUGCCAAGCAGUACUGGCAACAUACUGGAGACGGAGCGUCGAGCCGGAGAGCCGAGUUCUGUCACGGUCUGCUCAGGGAGGGACUUCUGGCACCAGUUGAAAGACCUCCGUCUCCCGUGGGAAAAGCGUGCCGUGGCCCUAGGAGAUACCAUCGCCCGUCUUCAAUCGAUGACACCAAACACCACGCACCGAAGCCCACUGCCCCCAGUGCUUUCGAAACCCAGGAGAGUUUGCGGUUCCUGGAAGAGCGCUUCGGCCGCAAUCUAGACCUUUCCCUCGUCGAGCGUGCGAGAUCAGCUAUCAAGCGCAGGAUUGCCGGCUCUGUGAGUGUCGACUUGGAGGCAAGUAUCAGCUCGUUGCCCCCCAUAGGUAAGAACACACGAGGUCGGGAGGACCUGCAGGAAAGCGACGUCUAUCUGUUUCCAUGCGGCAUGAAUGCCAUUUUCAACGCCCACCGCGCCAUGACGCGUGCCAGGGGCGAGAUGAAGUCCAUCAACUUUGGCUUCCCUUACGUCGACACUCUAAAAAUCCUGCAGAAAUUUGGGCCCGGAUGCGUCUUUUACGGCCAUGCGUCCGAAGAAGAUUUGGAUGAUCUCGAACAACGAUUGGAAGACGGUGACCGCUUCUUGGCCCUCUUUUGCGAGUUCCCCGGCAACCCACUUCUAACGUGUCCCAACCUGUCACGAAUUCGCAGCCUAGCGGAUAAGUACGACUUUGGCGUUGUUGUAGACGAGACUAUCGGCAGCUUUGUCAACGUCGACGUGCUACAGUUCGCCGACAUCGUCGUUAGCAGUUUGACCAAGAUCUUCUCCGGGGACUGCAACGUCAUGGGCGGCAGCGCCAUCUUGAAUCCUGGCGGCAGGUACUAUAAGGCGUUGAAGAACGCCUGGGCUGAAGACCUCGAGGACACGUACUGGCCUGAGGAUGUCGUAUUCAUGGAGCGGAAUAGCCGAGACUUUGUGUCGCGUGUCGAGCGCAUCAACACGAACUCGGAGGCCAUCUGCGACAUUCUCUCGACCCAUCCGCUGGUCAAACGGGUUUACUACCCCAGGGUGAACCCGACGAGACCAAAUUACGACCUGUGCAAAUUGCCCAGCGGUGGCUAUGGUGGCCUGCUCUCGGUGACAUUCAAGCAAAAGGAGCAUGCCGUGUCCUUCUUUGACUCCCUGGAAACGGCCAAGGGCCCGAGUUUGGGUACCAACUUCACCCUAACCUCGCCGUACGUUUUGCUGGCGCACUAUCAAGAGCUGGACUGGGCAGCUGGGCUGGGCGUGGACCCGGAUCUUAUUCGUGUCAGUGUUGGUUUGGAAGAGACGGAGGAGUUGAGGCGGAUUUUCAUGCAAGCCCUCCAGACUGCUGGCAUUCAAAAGGGGCUUUGA